CGCUCAGUCCGCUACGAGCGCGCCGGCGAACCGCCGAAACGUGCUCUCCUACCCCCCGAGAACAGAGAACAGAGAACAGAGAACAGAGCGGAAGUAUACAGAGGCAAGGAUUUUUCGGCGAACCCAGCCGGAUGCGAAGCUGCUACUGGAGAUCGAAGAGAGAAGUGUACCUGCAGAGAGAGGAGGAUGGGGCCGAAGUGCAGCGCGGCCCUAGUCGCGCUCCUGAGAUGCUGCGGACUGCUGUUGUUGUUGAGCGGCCGGGCGAGGGCUGAGGUCCUGACGCCGCCCUACUUCAACUUGGCCGAGGGCAAGGAGAUCGAGGCCACUGCGACCUGCGGUGUCGACACGCCGGGACCCGAGUGGUACUGUCAACUCGCCGCCUCGAAUUCCGAUCAGAAGAACGUCGACGUCGCCGAGCAGAAUAUCAUCCAGGGACAGCAAUGCGACUACUGCGACCCGAACAAUCCCGAGAAGAGACAUCCUCCGGAGUAUGCCGUCGAUGGAACGGAGACCUGGUGGCAGUCGCCGCCGCUUUCCAGAGGCAAAAAAUACGAGCAGGUCAACCUUACCAUCAGCUUGGGACAGGAAUUCCACGUAGCCUACGUCUACGUAAAGAUGGGCAACUCGCCGCGUCCGGGUCUCUGGGUGCUCGAGCGCUCGAAAGAUUAUGGCAAGACCUGGUCGACCUGGGAGUACUUCUCGAGCACGGCCAGCGACUGUCUCACCUACUUCGGAAUCGAAGCCAACACGCCCAUCACCCGCGACGAUUCCGUCAUCUGUAACACCCAGUUCUCGAGUAUCGUGCCGUUGUCCGGUGGAGAGAUCAUCGUGUACAUUUUGAACAACAGGCCUUCGGCCAAGCACUACUUCAACUCGACGGUGCUCCAGGAAUGGACCAGGGCCACGACUGUCAGGUUCAGGUUUAUGAAGACAAACAACUUUUUGGGACAUCUCAUGUUCAGGGACCAGGAUGAACCGUCGAAUGCCAAGUUCUCCAGACAAGAUCCUACCGUUACGAGACGCUACUUCUACUCGAUCAAAGACAUCAACGUCGGUGGACGCUGCGCCUGCAACGGUCACGCCCACACUUGCGACUCCCUCGAUCCGUCGAUGCCGAACAAACUAUUCUGUCAGUGUCAGCACAACACCUGCGGAGACCAGUGUUCGACUUGCUGCAAGGGCUUCGAACAGAAGAAAUGGCGACCUUCCACUUAUUCGCGCAAAUUCGUUUGCGAACCUUGUAACUGUUUUGGUCACUCCAGCGAGUGCAAGUACGACCAGGAGAUCGACGACAAACACCUUUCCCUCGACAUCCACGGCAACUACGAGGGCGGUGGUGUCUGCCAGAACUGCAAGCACAACACCGAAGGCAUCAACUGCAACCACUGCAAGCCCAAAUUUUACAGACCACAAAAUAAACCACUCAAUGCUACUGACGUCUGCCAGCCGUGUCAGUGCGACUAUAUCUACUCAACUGGAAACUGCUAUGACUUGACUGGCCAGUGCGAGUGUAAGAAAGAGUACACGGCGCCCAACUGUGACUCUUGCAGUUACGGCUACUACGGCUACCCCCAUUGCCGACCAUGCGACUGUAAUCUAAACGGAACCGACGGCUACCAUUGCGAAGCCUAUGAGGGACAGUGUCCUUGCAAAGAGAACUUCGCUGGACACUAUUGCGAUAUCUGCGCUGAGGAAUACUACAACUUCCCAGAUUGUUUACCUUGCGAGUGCGAUGCGAUCGGAUCGCUCAACAACGUUUGCGAUGUCGUGUCUGGAAACUGUACGUGUAAGAACAACUAUGGAGGAAGAAGCUGCAACACUUGUGAGGAUGGCUACUUUGACUACCCUGACUGUAAAUUCUGUGAGUGCGACACCCGAGGAACAGAGUCCGGCGUCUGCGACAAACAAGACGGUCACUGUCUCUGUAAAGAAGGCUACGGAGGCCCACGUUGCGAUCAGUGCGUCAGUGGUUACUUCGGCUUCCCCAACUGUCAGCCCUGUAACUGUAGCAAGAACGGAUCGACUUCGAUUGGAUGCGACGCCAGCGGCAAGUGCUCUUGCCUCUCCAACUUCGUUGGCAAGACUUGUAAUCAGUGUGCGCCUGGUUAUCACAAGUACCCUGAGUGUAUCAGUUGUGACUGCGAUAGCCACGGUUCAAUUGGUGUUUCCUGCGAUCUGGACGGCAAAUGCCAAUGUCGCGAAAAUUUCGACGGUGACCGCUGUGACAAAUGUAAAGAGAACUUCUACAACUUCCCGUCUUGCGAGGGAUGCAACUGUGAUCCCGCUGGUAUUGCCGGAACAUUCCAGGGCUGCGGCAGCUUACCCGCUGGCGAACUCUGCCAGUGUAAAGAACGGGUCGAGGGUAGAAUUUGUAACCAGUGCAAGAAAUUGUUCUGGAAUUUGCAGGCUAAUAACAUUCUAGGAUGUGAUAAUUGUAAGUGUAACAUUCCUGGUGUGAUCGGCAGUAUCGGCGAGUGUGAUGGCAAGACUGGUCAGUGUAUUUGCAAACCGUCUGUAACUAGUAGAGACUGCUCUUCAUGCGUUGAUGGCACUUUUGGUCUUCAAGAAAGCAACCUAUACGGUUGUUCCCAAUGCUCCUGCGAUAUCGGUGGCGCCUUAAGUUCGACAUGUAACAAGAUCGAUGGUCAAUGUCGCUGCCGCAGCCGAGUUGAUGGCAAAACUUGUAACAAACCGAUGCGCGCCCACUACUUCCCUACACUCCAUCAGUACCAAUACGAAGCUGAAGAUGGCCACUCUCCGAACAAUCGGUCGGUGCGUUACGGCUUCGACGAAGAUAUCUUCCCUGGCUACAGUUGGAAGGGUUACGCGAGCUUCUCGCCGCUACAGGACAAGAUCAUUAACGAAAUCGAAAUCGAGAAACCGUCGCUGUACCGUAUGGUGCUGCGUUACGUGAAUCGUAAUACUGAACCCGUUAUCGGAAAGAUUACCAUUACGCCCGAUAGUCAUUACGAUCCCGAACAAAGUUUCAGCGUACAAUUCAAGCCAACUACUAAUCCAUCGUUCGUUACCGUUGCUGGUAUUCAUGGCACUCUUCCAUCUGUCAUGGUGAUGAAUCCGGGCCACUGGACGGUCUCCAUUGCCACUGAGAAGUCACUAUUCCUCGACUACUUCGUCCUUCUGCCAUCCGAAUACUACGAAGCCAGUGUUCUUACUCAGGACGUUAACAAACCUUGCGAAAUGGGAUCAAAGGAACUCUGCCGUCACUUUGCCUACCCAAACCUUACUAUGUUCGAUUCCGUUCGCGGAACCGGCGGUUAUAUCGGCGAGAACGACGAAAGAAAUCAUAUGACUGAGUACUUCAGUGAUCCAGAAGUUCUAAAUGAGAUCAACGAAAGCGAGAUGCCUUUGAUUAAUGACAAGCAGAAGAAAAUUCAUUUCGAACUGACCAUUUCUAAACCAGGACAGUACGUUUUGGUGGUCACGUACAUAACACCACCUCAGCACGAUGGCAAGACUACCAACAUCAUCAUCGAAGCUAAUACCAUGGAUAAGGGCAAGGCAACCCUCUACCCCUGCAAAUACACCAGCGUCUGCCGCCAAGUAGUUACCGAAUCGAACGGCAAGGUGGCCAUAAUGAACUUCCCGAACAACUACGUUACCGUAGUGCUCGACGGAGAACCCAAAACCAACGUCGCCAUCAAAUCAGUCGUUGCUAUUCCAGCCCAAGAUUGGUCGGUCGACUAUCUCCAGCCGAAAUCUGUCUGCGUGCGUAAAGACGGAAAAUGCAUCGAGGGUGUCUUCCCUGAGGCUUCCGAUGCCAAGCGUAUCGACCUUGAGGAUAACAAUCAGCUCAUCGAUGCCGCGACGACUCCUGUAGGUAUCUACGAUAACAGUACCAAGUUCAUUUACUUGAACGGAAAGGAUGCUAUGAUCGACAAACCAGCCAAGGUGCCCCAUCCUGGAGACUACGUGUUCGUUGUGCACUAUUACCAGCCUGACUACCCGCAGUUCGACCUGGACGUGCUGGUCCAGAACGGAAAGUUCUACGAAGCCAAGGUGCCUAUGGCUCAUUGUCCCAGCAACAGCGGUUGUCGUAGCCUCGUUACGCAGCUGGAUGGUAACACCAGAUUCCAACUGAUCGAGAACUUCGUCAUAACCCUGAAAGAAAACGCUGGUAAAGGCGUUUGGGUGGAUUACAUUCUGGUUAUCCCUGCCGACCUCUACAGCGACGAGUAUCUGAAAAAAUUACCGUUUGAUCAGACCGAGGAGUUUAUCAAGAAAUGCGGCAGCAAUCACUUUUACAUCAACAAAACUGAAGAAGGCUUCUGCCGCGACUCUGUCUUCUCUCUUACCACUAACUACAACAGUGGAGCUCUACCCUGCAGUUGCGACAUCGAUGGUACGCGUAGUUUCGAGUGCGAGAAAUUCGGUGGACAGUGUCCUUGCAAGGACAACAUCAUCGGCCGUCGCUGUAACAUUUGUAAGACUGGUUACUUCGGCUUCCCCAACUGCCGACCCUGCAAUUGCCCUAGCGCGGCUAUUUGCGAACCUGAGACCGGAGCUUGCAUAUGUCCAUCUCACGUAGUUGGACCUCGAUGCGACCAGUGUGAACCCGGAACCUACGGCUACGAUCAGAUCAUCGGUUGCGAGGAAUGUCAGUGUCAUCCGUACGGUGUCCUCGACGGAGAUCUUCAGUGCGAUCUGUUGACUGGACACUGUAAAUGCAAGAAGAAUGUUGAGGGCAGAGAGUGCAACACCUGCCGAGCUGGUCACUAUCAAUUCCCUUACUGCGAUAAGUGCGACUGUGACGUCAGAGGCACGACCGAGGAGAUCUGUAACCAGGAAACCGCCGACUGCCACUGCAAGGAGAACGUUCAUGGACCAGCUUGUGACCUCUGCAAGGACGGUAUGUUCAAUCUCCAGCCGAGCAACCCUAAAGGCUGCAGUGCCUGCUUCUGUUUCGGCAAGACAACGAGGUGCCACUCGGCGACCUUGUACAGAAGCUACAUCACAGACAUGUCUGGCUGGGAUGUUGCAUUGGUCAACGAGAAAAACGAGACCGUUAAGAUCCUGAAGGUCAUCCCUCAGGAGCUCAACGAGACCCACAUAGUUGUCGAUAUGGGAUCAGGCAUCGAAGAGAAGGACAUCGUUUAUCUGUCUGCCCCGGCUAAUUAUCUGAACAAGAAGCUGACAUCUUAUGGCGCAUGGCUGAAUUUUACUAUCUACUACACUACUGGACCCUAUGGUCAGGCUGUGCCCGGAGCUGAUGUCAUCUUGCAGGGUGCAGAUAGCUUCUUGAUCUAUCGAGCGGAAGAACAGCCGCCUUCGUACACCGACUUCCAAGCAUCGGUUCAGUUAGUUGAAUCCAACUUCGAGACCAAGCAGAACCUGUUCGCUACCCGCGAGCAGAUCAUGGUCGUACUGGGUGAUCUCAGAGGCAUUUAUAUUCGCGCUACCUACUGGCAGCCUUCAUUGACCGUUACAUUAUCUCAUGUGUCACUGGGCAUAGCAUCCGAAACUUACAUACUGGAUGCUGAAGUGGCAAGCAGUGUCGAGCAAUGCCAGUGCCCACCAAACUACAAGGGUUUGUCUUGCGAAGAGUGCGCCAAGGGUUACUACAGAGUAGCUGGACCUAACGGAGGCUACUGUGUCAAAUGCCAGUGUAACGGACAUGCCGAUACCUGUGAUGUCAAUACCGGAAUUUGCCAUAACUGCAAGAACGGUACCACCGGCGAUCACUGCGAGCUCUGCGAGGUCGGCUACUACGGUAAUGCGACGAUCGGUACCCCAUCGGACUGUCUCAUCUGCGCCUGUCCCUUACCGAUCCCAUCCAACAACUUUGCCCAAGGUUGUGAGGUCAGCGAGGACGGCAGCAAGAUCAGCUGCGACUGUAACGAAGGCUACUACGGCGCCCGUUGCGAGUCCUGUGCCGCUGGCUACUUCGGCCGACCUGAGGUUAUCGGUGACCACUGCAAGCCCUGCGACUGCUCCGGUAACAUCGACACCAACGAAAUCGAUUCCUGCGACUCUGUCACCGGAGAAUGCCUAAAAUGCCUGAACAACACCUACGGAGAGGCGUGCAACCUGUGCGCGCCAGGCUUCUUCGGAGACGCCGUCGAGAAGAAGGACUGCAAGAGCUGCUUCUGCGACAAAUGCGGAAUGAAGUACUGCGACAAUCGCGACGGACUUUGCCAGUGUCACGAGAACGUCGUGGGAGAGAAGUGUGACAGAUGUGCAGACGAUCACUGGGGAUUCAGCAAGUGUCAAGGGUGCAGACCUUGUGAUUGCGCGUUGGCAUCUGACAGCACUCAGUGCGAGGAUGAUACCGGAAACUGCAAAUGCAAACCUGGCGUGGAAGGCAGAACCUGUGAUCGCUGUAUGGCUGGCUACUGGAACUAUGGACCGGAGGGUUGCAUCUCUUGCGAAUGUACUACUGGGUACUCGCGCGGAGCUUCUUGUAACCCCGAGACAGGUCAGUGUGAGUGUCUUCCUGGAGUCUUGGGAGAAAAGUGCGACCAUUGCCCACACCGUACUGUGCUCGACGAGAGAAGAGGUUGCCAGACUUGUGACAAGUGUACCCACGAUCUGCUGGAUGUCACUGACGAACUUGAAAGUAGACUCAAACCAGUCUCCGACUCUUUCAAGAAUGUAGCCGACAGUUACUUUACGAAUCAACGUUUAGACUUCCUAAAUGAAACAAUCAACCGACUCACCCCAGAAGUGAAGCUACUCGACCCGCGUCGCAUUGAUUUUGAACCUCUCCAGAAAGAAAUCUCCAAGCUGAACAACCGAGCCUUCGGAUUGAAACGAAAGGUCGAAUUCCAGGAAGAAGACGGCGACGAACUAAAGAGUCAUGCCGAGCAGAACCUCAAGGAUACCAAUAAUCUUGAGCAAGACGUAUCGCACGAAAUUGCCCUCCUCAAUACCAUCAUCGCUGAAGUCCAAUCGUUAGCCACCAACACCCAGCUAGGCAGCGGACCCAAGAUUGAUAAUGCUCUAAGAGAGGCUCAGGAGAUCCUUGGUAAGAUCAAGCAAGUUUCUUUCACGGAUGAGAGAGACAAGGCCACGGAUCAAGCAAACCAGGCGAAUAUCUUAGUGUCUGAGAUGGAGAGUUAUGAGGAACCAGUGAAGAACUUGGUGAAGGACACCGACUUUGUCAGUGAUAAAGUGCGAGAUCUGACUAACCGGAUAGACGACAUGUAUAAUCUGACGCUGCAGGCUGAUGAGCGCGUUAACGCAGCUGAGAGGCUUAACUUUGAAAAUAAAAAACUGAUCGACCAAGACGGUUUGAACAAUCUGCCGAAUGUUACCGAUCAGGUAAAAGACAAUGUUGCCAAGGGCGAGGAGCUUAACAAGAUGUCCAACGCUCUGAUUGACGAAGCCGAGUACAACUUCAUUAAUAUUAAAAGCAACGAAGUUCCCGGAAUGCCCUCCGAAGCCAGCCAGAGGCUGAGCGAAACAAUCGACUCCAACAACGUCAUGCUUGCCGAGGUAAAGAAAGAAGUGCCGGAGGCCGUAGCUCAUGCCCAGGAACUCGAACAUAAAUCAUAUGAGUUGGAAAAUCUCUUAACGGACACUCGCAAUUUGACCGGAGUACGAGCUGCCUCUGUCUUCCAAGAUAUCGCAAACCACAUGAAUGAGGCAAAACAGUUCGCUGAAGACGCUGCUAAAGCCGCUAACAAUGCUACUGCUCUAGGAGACAAUCUAGAUGGCAGGAGUUCAGAUGCCGAAGUAAAGAGCAGAGAUUUGCUGACUAGUGCUAGGGCUGCCGUAGCAAUUACGCAGCGCGAUUUGAAACCCGCGCUGGAAAAUGCCAAGAGCUCUGAUAUUCAGAACAUUGCCGAUAAAAAUAUCAAAAACAAUCUCAAGCUUGACGCCAUCGACAAAUCUUUGGGAAUUAUGCCCAUCCAGUCCUCGUCAAUGAUUGCUCAAGAGGCCCUGAACAACGCUGACACUGCCGAAUACAUGAUAGGUGAAGCGAUUGCCAACGACAUCAGCGGUAACGUUGAUCGCAUCCCGGAGAAUCUCAAGCGCGCGAAGCAGCUAUCGAAGGAUACUUCAGACUCCAUCCGCGACGUGAACCAGGCUAACCAUCAGUUGGAUACGAUCGACAAGACACUGCCAGACAUCGACAACCGAGUAAGAGCCUUGGAUGGACUACAGCAGCAAAUCAAUGGCAGCGGCAACAGACUUUACGAUAACAUCGAGGACUUGAAGAAAAAGAUUGCACACGCUAGGGAGUUGGCGAAUAGCAUCAAGAUAGGACUAACGUUCUUCCCGAAUACGACUCUGGAGUUGAAGAAUCCGGAGAGCUUACCGGGACAGACAACGUCGACAAAGAUCUCGAUAUACUUCAGAACGCAGAGGGCUAACGGAUUCUUGCUGUAUCUUGGUAAUGAGAAUAGGACCAAUACUCCGAGAGCUAAGACGGACUUUAUGGCUCUCUCGAUCGAAGGAGGAUAUCCGAUUCUGACUCUUGACCUUGGUUCAGGACCUCAGAAAAUUAUCGGUAACAGAUACGUCUCGGAUAACGUGUGGAGACAACUGAUAGUUGACAGAACCGGUAGAAAUAUCAAGCUGAUAAUUGUCGAAGACGAAGGCGACGGAAAGGGCAAGAACUUCAUCACAGAGACUUCCCUCCCUGGAUCUCACUCGAUCUUCAACCUAGACCCAGAGAAGUCCAAGCUCUUCGUGGGUGGGUUCCCACCAUCGUUCCAAGUGCAAGAAGCAGUGGUCUCUUCAUCCUUUGACGGUGAGAUGGAAGAACUAAUGAUCGGUGAUGUGCCAGUAUCCUUCUGGAACUUUGUCGACGCGGAGAACAAUUGGAAACCUGCGUACGAGCGCGACAAACUCGUCAAUCUUCACCCCGAUACCGGUUAUAGGUUCGAUCGUGAAGGAUAUGUGAUACUCAGCAAAAAGGCGUCGCAGUUGCCAUCUGAUCUCAAAAGAUUCAGAGUGCACUUCAAAUUCAAAACAUGGGUGAACAAUGGGUUGAUGUACUUAAUGGGUGGUAAGAAGCACUUCCUCGCACUGGAACUUAGGAACGGACACAUGUUGUACCAGUUCGAUCUGGGUGAUGGACUGGUCGCUAUCCGUACAGCAGAGAAGUAUAACGACGGAAACUGGCAUACAGUAGAAGCAUCGAGAUUAGGAAAGAUCGGUGCUCUAAAGAUGGACGGAAUAGCCCUCAAUAAUACUAAUAGUAAGGGAGAGGCAAUUAACUUAGUCUCGACGGAUUACGUGUACUUCGGAGGAUAUCCACCGUCGAUUAAGCAUUCGUACAAACCAGUCACGCAGAUCGGUUUCGAAGGAUGUAUCGACGACGUUACAUUCCAAGAAACAUCAGUCGAUCUUACCAAGAACGUUCAGGCGUUCAAUGCUGUUAGCGGAUGCCCAACUAAGUUCGCCAGUCUCGUCUCCUUCGACGGUGUACAUCCGGGCUACGUCAAGUGGGAGCACGUAAAUGUGCCACACGAUCUGCAGAUCAAUCUGAAAUUCAAAACACAAAAUAAGAACGGAGUUAUCUAUCACUUAGUGAACAAAGAUGGCAGUCCUGCAAGUACACUGUCGCUUGUGAACGGUCAACUGGUCCUCGAAAGCCAGGGUGAAAGACUGGAGGCGAACACGCCGGAUAUCAGGUUCGACGAUAACGAAUGGCACGUCAUCACGACUACGCACAACGAUACAGUUCUCAGGCUUGACAUCGAUGAUGUAGAAAUUGAAAGCACGGAUAACGCUCCGCGCCCAAGGCAGAUCAACGAAGGUGCACUGUAUGUAGGUAAUGUACCUGAAAACGUUAGAUACGGAAGAAGCUUCGAACCAUUUGUUGGCUGUAUUGGAGAUACCACGUUAAAUGGUGUCAUUGUCAACUAUGCGAAUACUACGGAGAGGCUCUAUGCACAUUUGUCUCAGUGCAGCAGGCCGGAUCAAAUUCAAUCGCCCGAUUUAGAGUUACCCCUGGUAACAAACCCACCACCACUUCCGCCAAAUUGGGACGAUGCUACGACCAAUGUAGUGGACUUAAGCAAUAGCGGUGGCGACGACUACCAGUCACCGGGAUCUCUAGAGGGUCGACCUAAGGCUGGCCCACCUUUGCAUGAAGACGAAGACGAACCAUCCCCUCGACCCGAACCACAACCAAUCACCGAGCCUGCGACUACGCCGUCCACUACCCCCUGGAUGACUUCGCCAGCAACACCCAGAACUGUCGACGGAUGUAGACUGCCCCAUUAUCCGGCAAAUGAUCCUGAACAACACCAAGAGAACGCUUGGAGAUUCGGAACAGCGGCAAACAGCAGGUACGAAUACAACACGCUGAACGGUCGCACAAGGGACGAUUACGACUUCCAGAUCGACAUCAAGACAAUCGCAGAAGAAGGAAUCGUCUUUUAUAGUACCGAUAUUAGCACGCGAAAUCUCAUUGCCCUCUACAUCAAGGACGGUCUGAUUCACUACACUUACGACUGCGGCAGCGGUCCAGCGGUGAUCAUCAGUGACAAGAAAAUUAACGACCAACAAUGGCACACCAUCAUCUUCAAGAGGGAUGGCGUUAAUGGUGAGCUCAUAGUUGACGAUGAUGCGCCCAUCUUUGGUAGAGCCGAAGGUACCAGUGACUCCCUAAUCGUUCAGCCGCCGUUCUACAUUGGUGGUGUUGAUCCAGCUAUAUCUAGCAACGUCUUUGAAACUUUAGGAGUUAAUAAGACACUUGCUGGAUGCAUCCGCUACUUCAUGUUAAAUGGACAACACAUAGGAGAGCCAAGUAAGAAAGUUGGUGUCAUUCCAUGUUCUAAACGAGUUGAGCCUGGAAUGUUCUUCUACCCCGGUAACGGUAGCAAUUGGUAUAAAGCAGAAGAUAAAUUCAGCGUUGGGAAACAAAUAGAUAUCGAAAUGGACAUCAAGCCAAGAUCUUCCUCUGGACUACUGGUCUCAAUCCAUGGAAGAAACGAUUACGUCAUUCUGGAAAUGGUAAAUGGUACCAUCAAGUUCCUGGUUAAGGCAGCCAAGGGGCAGGUCGAAACUUCCUUUGACGUCGCUAGUCCCAACACUCUUUGCGAUGGCAAGUGGCACAACAUCCGAGCUGUAAAAACGAAGAACGCAGUUGUCAUAUCUGUCGAUCACGCAUCAUCGCCCCCUGGAAUCAAACAUCUCGGAAACGUCCAAUCGAAGCAGGCAAUAUACGUCGGUGGGCAUCCGCAACUGCAUUUGGGCCAGCCAGUAAGAGGCAGCGAGUCGGGAAAACAAUAUGUUGGAUGCAUAAAGAACCUCAUCAUCAAGGGAAAACCAUACUCACUAGACCCAUCGCGCAUUAAUGGAAAAAUUUUAGCGGACGUGUGUCCAACAAUCUAAAUAUGCGAUAAGUGGAUUUGAAAGUUGUAUGUACUUAUAAUUCUGAUGAUCUUUCAAACAUUUAUUGUCCAAAGAAAUUUUUUCUCACAUUUUUUAAACAUAAAACAGUGAUGUAAUACCAAAGCGGUAAUAAUAACAAUAACAUUUAUAAAUAAAAAUAUAAAUAAAAAUAAAAAAUGUCUUACAGGCUUUCCUAUCGCUCUUCAUAUCGUUGCCAUUGAAAAUUUCACAAACAUCAUCAGUCAUUCUCAUUCUUUAACGCAAUCAAAAGAAUUAAUCUGCUUUCUUUAUUUCGUCCUUCUUGGGAUUACUUCUGUAGUAAAGAGCUGCAAACAUAAUUGAUGAACUCAGUGCAACCGAGAUAAUGAAAUUGCCUAAGAGCAAGGCAUCUGCUGAGUCCAUCCAAAUUGUGAAUACCCUUGCUGAAAAAUUGAUUAAUGAAAUAAAUCACAAAAAUUGUCACAAAAUCGUAAAAUAAUUCAUAAUAAUUAAUCAUGCUUACUUAGAUUAGUAAAGGCUGAUAUAAACCAAGUUUUUGGAGACACUGCAUCUGCAUUUUUUGCUCUAACAAUCGCGAAUAACUGAGCUAUUUUGCUUGAUGCUGAUAUUGGUGUACAUAGUGGCUAAAAAAUAAUUUAAUAUUACUUCUUGCUAUAACUCGAUGAAAAGUUUUUAGGUAUUGAAAUAACUCACAGCUAAAAAUGUUAGAACUGUCUUUGGUAUCACUUGCGUCAAUAAACCUGUGCAGGUUAUAAAAUAAAAACCCACUGCCAGCAGUGUUUGAGUAUUUAUAGCACUCAGGUACUUUAAUACUAAAUAUAUCAAAAAAUACUCUUGAAUUAGAAUAAUUGGAUAUUCCAUGUAGGAUAACAGUGAAUAGCCAUUUGUAAAAUUAUAACAUGUCAUAACACUAUAACUGCAAAAGAAAUAUAAAAUUGAUGUGUU